GCUGCUGUCAUUGAUCCUCAUGGAUACCCAGCUUAAAAUACCACAUUUAGCUCCGAUUGCUUUUAAGUGUCUUUGACCUGUGUCUAAAGGGGGUCUGGGAGCUGGGGGUCCCCCAGAGGGGCUCUGCUUUCCACAGGGGAGUGAUCCCCAUCCUUCCCAUCCCUGGGUCUUGCAGGGACUUCUACACUCCCAGACUAUUUUGGGAGAGUUUAAAAAUAUCCUGCCUGCAUUAAUGGGCAAUAUUCCCAAUGGCGCAGCAGCCCCGCGUGGACACGGAGCAGCCCUCGCCCCCCAGCCUCGGAUAUGGCCCCCCCCAGAAGCCCCUCAGGGCCGGCCCAGGGGCUGUAUCCUGCGGUCCCAGGCACUGAGCCCCAUCCCAAAUGUCUCUGAUCGCCAUGACAACGCUGACUUCAGCCUCUGCCACCUACUCAGGCUCAGAGACACUGGGUGCUGGCUGAUGGAUUGGUGCGGGCACUUGACCGAGGAUGUCCUCGAUGUUCGGCAAACCCCGAGCCAGCGCCGAGCGGCCGCCCCAGAGCCCCCUCCCCGAGUGUAAUGUGGCCAUCCUGGGGUGCCGAGGGGCCGGCAAGUCAGCCCUGACCGUGAAAUUUCUAACCAAGAGGUUCAUCAGCGAAUAUGAUCCCAACUUGGAGGACACCUACACCUCAGAGGAGCUGGUGGACCAGCAGCCUGUGCUGCUGAAGGUGAUGGACACGGCUGACCAGGAUGGUCCCGGGAACUGCGAGCGCUACCUGUGCUGGGCCAGCGCCUUCCUGGUCGUCUACAGCAUCGAGGACAGGAGGAGUUUUGAGGGCUGCCAGCGCUACCUCGAGGUGCUUGCCCUGCAUGCACGGGGCUGCCAGCGCCACUGCCCCGUGCUCCUGCUGGGAAACAAGCUGGACAUGGACCAGUACAGGCAGGUGCCCUCAGCCGAAGGGAUGUCCCUGGCCAGCAGGUUCGGGUGCCUCUUCCACGAGGUGUCGGCGUGCCAGGACUUCACAGGGGUGCAGCACAUCUUCCACGAGGCCGUGCGGGCGGUGCGGCGCCAGGCGGAGUGGAACCCGCCCGCCCGGCCGCUCCUCAUCACCGAGGACCGGCCCUGCCUGCCGGUGGCCACGGCCCUGGCCCUGCCCACCCACCACGGCUUGGCCACCUGCACCUUCAACACCCUCUCCACCGUCAACUACAAGGAGAUCCCCUCGGUGGCCCAGGCCAAGCUGGUCACCGUCAAGUCCUCGCGGGCUCAGAGCAAGAGGAAGGCUCCCACGCUCACCUUGUUGAAAGGCUUCAAGAUAUUUUAGGACACGUCCCUGUGGGCUGUGGAGAGGGAGGUGAGAGACCCUCAGCCAUCCCCCUGGCUCUGCAAGGGCUGAGACCUUCUGUGAUGGACUCACGGGCAUCUCAGCAGCUGCUGGCAGGUGGUGGCCCUGGUCUCUGUGCCAGUGCAGAGCCAGCGGUGGGAAGCUGGCAAGCAGGAGGGUGCCAAGAGUCCAACAUGUUGCAUUGUUCUGCCUGCCCCUGCCCAGCACUGCUGUGGUGUUUGUACCCUGUCCUGCCACUGGCACCAGGGCCAGCUCGGUUUUCCAUGAAGAUCCAGCAGCUCCUGGAGGAGCCGGAGCCAUGGGCACCACCAGGAGGGCAAGGGCCGUCCCCAGGGACCCCAACCAGCUUGGGCUCCGGGCACACAGCAACAGGAGCCCGAGAGGGGACAAUUAAUCAUUAAUCCAGCAUGGAGGAACCCAUCUCGUUCAUCCCACGGGUCCCUGACUGAGCAAUAAGUAGGAGGAAUUUUUAUUUUAUUUUAAAUCCAAAUAAAAAAGGUGCAGAUACUGUUUCAGCUGACUGAAGGCCUCAGGUGGCCCGAAACUGAUUCCCACACAGCGACCUAAGUCACACCAAAACUGCUGCUUUUUAAAUCAACUUUUUACACUGCAGUGUCCCUUUCCAAAGGCUUUGCAAGGAGACGCUUCACUGAUGAGGACAUGGUCUGAAAAGCCUUUGUUUAAAAGACUCAUGUAUCUCCAAAAAUGUCCUAAAUUAUUUCAUGGCUUCUACGUGUGCCCAGUGAAGGGCAUGAAAGUAAUCCUGGAGCACACCAGGCUCUGCCUGUGCCCGAGCCAGGGCCAAGGGCUGGGUGUUUGGUUUCAGGUGCUCUAUCAGGUUAAAUGUUUUGCUUCUCCCUAGAGCUGCAGCUACUCUGCAGAGUAAAAUAUCCAUGUGUAUAUUUGUACAUAUAUCCAUAUAUAUAUAUAUGACGUUACUGACAGAGAGAGAUUCAAUAUGGGAUUUUGAUCCACCACUUUGGAAAGUAUUUUAAUAAAGAUGAUUUCUGAAAAGAAUAAAA